AUGCCUCGGAGACCUCACUGGAUGCGGACUGCUAUCCUCACUGGUCACCGACCUGAGCUGGUUUCUAGAGGCUGCUGCGACGUGCAGAGCGACACUUCUGGGGAGGAACUUCAAACUGAGAUGAUCGAGAAUUUUGCCAAUGGAGCAACUGCUGAAGAUGUCUUGCGGCAAGUCCAGAAAACCGAGAAAUUGUUGAACAAGAAAGGAGUCCGUGAUCACACCAUUUCGGGCCUAUCACGAUGUGGUCGCAAUCUUCGCACCGGAAAAAACCAUAGUAGAAACUUGUAUGGCUACAUCCAAAAAAAGGGGAAAGCUCUUCCCGUGCCAGUCUCCACUGUGACAACCCCCAUCAGGGUUUCCAGACGUCGGAAGAUGGAGCUACGACCUUGGCCAGUCAUGCACUUGUCGAGCUGGGCAAAGAUAGUGCUUGAACAGUAUGGUGGCUUCUUCUUCUUUGGAGGGAUGACUUUAAACAACUUGCCUGAUGUAGAGGCCAUGUUGUCUGGUUUUUGGGACAAAUAUCAAAAGGCCGAGGGAGAGUCGACAGAACACCCAACCCGAACUAUUCCCUACAUGUUACAUGGUGACGAGGGCCGUGGACGCUGCAAGCGCCCAGUACUCAUUGUAAGUUUUCAAGGGGCACUUGGAUGGAAGAAGGAUGCCAACUUGUCCAUGGAUGACUUGUUGAACUCCAAGAAGAACACUUUCACAACCCGGAUGCUGUUUAUGCUGCUCCCGUCCGAGAACUACGCGCCACAUGGGCAGACUCAGCAGUGCCUACUUGAUAGUCUUGCAAGUGACUGCAACAAACUGUAUGCAGAAGGUAUCGAGGUGACUUGGAAGGGUGAAACCCAUCGCUUCUACUUCCAUUUUCUGGGAACAAAGGGUGAUUGGCCAUGGUUACGAUCUGCAUAUCGCCUCUACAGCGGCUUCACAAGUCGCCAGAUUUGUCAUAGAUGUGAUGGCAAGGAGUGGUGGAACUUGGGGCCCAACGCAGAAGUGCGAACUUGGCCACGUGAUCGCCUGGCUGCAAAUCCAUUCAAAAGUGGUCGGGUCUCUAGCUUGAGGAGAAUAGUUCCCAAUGGAUUACGGCCUGACAAGAUUCGCAUUGACCUCGCCCACACAUAUGCGAUAUGUGGUUGGGGAAAGGAUGACUUAGCAUCGGCUAUAAUAUUUCUUGCCGUCCAUUGCAGUCUGUUUGGGAAUGGUGUUUUGGAACAUAAACUUGGUCUGGCCUAUGAAAGCUUCGUGGAUUACUGCAAGCAGCGUGGAAAAACAACUACUAUCAUGGAGUUCUCAAAGCAAGAGCUGAAGAUCACUUCGUUGAGAAACUUUCCAAGGGGCCUUGGCAAAGGCUUUGAUGCAGCGCUACUGGGAGCUUGGCUUGGCAGCGUCGUGGAUAAUGUCCAGGAUGGUGACAUUCCAGAAUGCGAAAAAGAGUUGUUUCGAGUUGUGCAGUUUGGGCUGCGCUCCACCAACAAGUUCUUCAGGUUGAUUUACUGUGGGAAACUCUGGCUGCCCCGGUCAGUGGCCGAACAAGUUGUGCGUCAUGGGUGGAACAUGCUGGAAGCAUAUCAAGGAUGUGCACAGCUUGCCUCCAGAAAACAACGGAGCCUUUGGUAUAUGAGACCUAAAGUCCAUAUGCAAUCGCAUAUUGUUCGGGACCUGGAGUACCAAGUGCUAGCUGGAUGCGAUCACUGCCUCAACCCGGCAUGCUUUGCAACGUGGAGUGACGAAGACUUCAUAGGACGCAUAGCGCGAUGUGCCCGCAAGGUACAUCCAAUUCAAAUGGCACGCAACACUAUCAAGCGUUGCUUAAUCACUUACAGGAAGGAAUGGCUGAAGGUCAUGCCCCCUGUCUGGGAGUCCCAACGUUGGCAAUGGUGA